GGUUUAUGACUGACAUUUAAUGUAACCAUAGCUUUCUGUUUAUAUUUAAUAAAAGGUUCAUUUCUGUGGUAGGGCACACAUUUGUACGCCAGUGUUGAAUGAAAGCUACUGUUCUGCAAGAUGGAUAUAAAAUGCUGAUUUAUAAUGACACGGUCCAAAGCAAUCUAACUCUUCCAAACUAUUUCUUCCCAGGUCCCGGCAACAGCAGGGCCUCAGCAAAGGAUGAUUCUUUGCUUCCAGAAUAUUCAUCAUUUAACAUAUCAGUCCAUGCUGCAAUUAGACACGGAAAUUGGAAACUCCUCACAGGCUACCCAGGCUGUGGAUCCUGGUUCCCUCCACCGUCUCAAUCCAAUGUUUCUGCAUUUCCUUCAUUGGACCCACCAACCAAGACCCUCUGGCUCUUUGAUAUUGAUCAGGACCCAGAAGAAAGACACGACCUGUCCAGAAAAUAUCCCCACAUCGUCAGGAAGCUCCUUUCCCGCCUACAGUUCUACCAGAAACACUCAGUGCCUGUGUACUUCCCUGAGCAGGACCCCCACUGCGAUCCCAAGGCCACUGGUGUGUGGGGCCCCUGGAUGUAGGAUUUUGAUGAGGCAGGAACAUCUUUCCGUUGCAAGCUGGACCUUAGACCUUGACUCAUGCAGCCUAUCGUCACCUUUGUUCUUCUCCAUGGGUUCACCUGGCCCUCUUAUUGUUCAUAAAUCACACCAAAAAGUCCAGUUUCAACUCCUACUGCAUUUCAGAAGCCAACAAAAUCAGGAAGGCUCCUGCUGUUGGCUGGAGCUCAUGUCUGGAGGCAGGGGUGGCUGGGUUCAUCACGUUUUCUGAGCUAUGGGACAGCUGGGAACUUGACAUAGGAAGUUUCCAGUGAGUCCUGGAGGCUGGAGCAGCUGGCUCUUUUUGCCUCACAAGUCAGACAUUAGGUUUCCCACCGCCAAUAACCAGUUUUAUUGGAGUGACUCAGGUUUCUUUUAACAAAUGAAGAAAGCAGACAAUUGUUAAUUGUUCUGUUGGCUAGGGGGUUCUCCCUGUCUGUGAAAGAUCACGUUCAGGCAUUCCAUGUCAAUAACCCCCUGCUCACCCCUCACUCACUCAUCUCAUGGUGAGUAAGGUCCGUUUUAUUAAGGUCAAUAUGGCGAUAUACCUACACCCUGGUUUUGGUUUCUACAAUAAUGAAAUGUGUUUUUAUCCUACAUUUUUCCCCAGCCAUUGCUCAUUGUGUUUAAACUUCCUGCCACCCCAGCUCCCCUUUUCCUACCAUUCCUCCAAUGUCCUGUCUCUGGGAAGGCCACUUUUUUCUCCACUCUAAGCACUCCUGAACCCUGCCUGGAAAAGGUGGCUGCAUCACUUUUGGUCAUGCCCAUGGGGGAGACCAGGGCUGGGUGGGGGAUGUGUGGAUCUGUGAGGUUUCUGCAAAGUUGCAUAGAGUUCUUUAUCAUGACUGUGGCUUUAUCUCCUAAUAUAUUACAAGUUGCACUGCUAUUCCUGAGUAGGGAGGAGAAACCCCAGGAAAGGACCAAUUUGAUGUAAGAGAUUGGAAGUGAGCAACUUGACAAAGGAAAUGGAAAGCAUCUGGUACACGGGCCUUGUAAAACAGAGGAGGGGCCCAUCCACAUUUCUCUUCUUCCCUGACUUACCCCUGUAUUGGGGUUCUGGGAUCAGGCAAAGAGGAUGCACACUUUGACUUGCUACCCUUUCUCAAGCCCAUUAAUGUCCUACUAAUGUGGAUCAGUCCAGAUGAGCUGUGAAGAGGGUCAAACUCUGAGAAACAGGUGCAAAACUGUUUUUCAUCAGCUACACUGCUUUGUCCCCUGCUUAUUACCAAGGCCUGUGACAGUGCCUGGGACAUAAAAGGCACUCACUACAUUUUUGAAAAUAAAUGAGUGAAUGAACAAAUGAGUAAAUGAGAAAGUCUCAUACCAUGAAUGAAGCUAGUCCAGUGAGCUGAACACAAAGCUAAUAUAAACAUCCUCCAACCAUUGCUGAUUUGUUCUGAAGCUGCCCCUCCUAGGGUUGCAGCAUAACCUACAUAGCUGGGCAGUCACAGAACAUGCCAUGUCAAGACUGUGAUGUCCUCUCCAGUAGCACAAAAUGGAACUGUGCCUGCCUGAGAUACUCUCUUGCCAACCAUGUUCAUUUCUAUUCUUUUUUUUUUUUUAAGCACUGGGAUUGGACUCAGGGCCUCACACUUGAUAGGCAGGCACUCUUACCACUUG